UUGUGGAUGUUUUCUACUUUGUAAAGUUCGAUGUAACUUUACAGUUAGCACUACAGCUGAAGAUUCAAUUUUAACAGCUAAUGUUAGGCAGUCUCUUUGGAAGAUAUAACAUUAUACUGUUAUGACAUGCUAGCUGAGGUAAACUGUAAGCAAUAGCAUCAUGCCAGUACAGGCCUUCUCGUUCCCUGUCCCGGAGAUCAGGUUCUUUCAGGCUGGUCGACACAUCUUCAAGUUCAAGAUCACUUGCGGUGGCAACUAUAGUGGUGAGGACAUGACGUAUGAUGAUUUUGUUAAUGAGGAGCUAGAGGAUGCCAUUCGCAUUGUUCUUGCCGGUUUGGAUACCCUUCAACCAUUUGCAACGAAACACUUCAACAUCUUUCCCUACAAGUGCAGGUGGGAGCGUGUGUCGAACCUGCGUUUUGAACUGAAUGGGGUGAAGCUGUCUCCGUACCCCCACCUCAUCACGCUGUACGUGGAGCCCCGCAUCCACAGCCUUGCACACGCAGCAGGCAAGCAAACAGAGGACUGGGAUGUCACUGUGUCCAAACAGGAUGCUUCACGCCCCUCUAGCCCUGGCAGACCAAGAAAACGUAGUAAGAAGGAACAGCCACCAGAGAGCACCCUUCGUCAACCCAUCAAGGAUGCAUACAGCCAACAAGGCGGUCAUCAGGACUCUCCAGAGCUGACUGAUGGGGCAGAAGCAAUAGAGUGUGACAGUCGGUUUGGGGUUAAUGCUGGAUUAGAAGAGUGCCUGAACAGCAUGCAAGAUGAAAACCUUGCAGAAGAGCUGCCACAUGAUUCAGAAGAGGAGACUGCACCAGAUGAACCUGAACAAGAAUCACUAGAGGAGGAGAAGCCCGGACUCCUGACUCGGCUGGCCAGACCCGCGUCCCCCAUGUCCGGCUGCGUGACCUCGGGCCUCGUCGUGCUCAUGGUGCCCCUGCUGGCCCUGGUGCUGCUCAGUCCCAUCAGCUGGAGUUCCGAGGUGGUGAGUCCCGGCUGCCACCUCUACCCCUUCAAUGUGACCAUUCGCAGCGACCGCAAGGGGACAUGUCGCGGGACCCACGUGGUGUACGCCUGCGUGGGCUACUGUGAGUCCAGCGCCUUCCCGUCGCGCUACUCGGUCCUGCUGGCGUCCAACUUCACCCACAACAUCACCUCGGCCUCCAGGUGCUGCACCAUCAGCCGAGAUGCCAAAGUGAAAGUGCAGCUGGACUGCCCCCGGGGCCGCCACCACGAUGACAUAGAGAUUGUGACGGCACAAGCGUGCAGGUGUGAUAUGUGCCGCAAGUCCCGCUACUGAGGAGCAAUGGCAACGCAACUUAUCCUACAGAACAGUGUAACCUUUCAUGGUUUCAUACACCAGAGAGAGGGAGAGAGAGAUA